GAGAGACAGGGUGGGGUCUGCGGACUGGGGCCUGCGGGACUGGAAAUCCCGCUGGGGGCUUAAAGGUUCCCACGUCGGGGCUGUGGGCCUGCCCCGAGAGCGACCGCGAAGAUGCCGUACCUCGGCUCCGAGGACGUGGUGAAGGAGCUGAAGAAGGCUCUGUGUAACCCUCACAUUCAGGCCGACAGGCUGCGCUACCGGAAUGUCAUCCAGCGAGUGAUUAGGCACAUGACUCAAGGCGUGGACAUGUCUGGUGUUUUCAUGGAAAUGGUAAAGGCCAGUGCCACUGUAGAUAUAGUUCAGAAGAAGUUGGUUUAUCACUACAUGUGCACAUAUGCCCCCCUGAAGCCAGACCUGGCCCUCCUGGCCAUCAACACACUGUGCAAAGACUGUUCGGACCCCAACCCGAUGGUGCGAGGGCUGGCGCUGCGGAGCAUGUGUAGCCUCAGGAUGCCUGGUGUGCAGGAGUACAUCCAACAGCCUGUUCUCCUUGGUCUGCGGGAUAAGGCUUCGUAUGUCAGGAGGGUGGCGGUCCUUGGCUGUGCCAAGAUGCAUAAUCUUCAUGGAGACUCUGAAGUGGAUGGUGCCCUGGUAAAUGAAUUAUACAGUUUGCUGCGUGACCAGGAUCCAAUUGUGGUGGUGAACUGCUUGAGGUCUCUAGAGGAAAUUCUGAAACAGGAAGGAGGUGUUGUCAUCAAUAAGCCCAUCGCCCACCAUCUCUUAAAUCGAAUGUCCAAGCUGGACCAAUGGGGUCAGGCCGAAGUAUUGAACUUCCUGCUACGCUACCAGCCCCGCAGUGAAGAGGAACUGUUUGACAUUCUUAAUCUAUUGGACAGCUUUCUCAAGAGCAGCAGCCCAAGUGUGGUGAUGGGAGCCGCCAAGCUCUUUCUGAUCUUGGCAAAAAAAUUCCCCCACGUACAAACGGAUGUGCUUGUGCGAGUCAAGGGACCACUGCUGGCAGCCUGUUCUUCGGAGAGCCGCGAGCUCUGUUUUGUUGCCCUCUGUCACGUGCGCCAGAUCUUGCAUAGUUUGCCAGGUCACUUCAGCAGCCACUACAAAAAGUUUUUUUGCUCCUACUCGGAGCCACACUACAUCAAGCUACAGAAGGUGGAGGUGCUGUGUGAGCUGGUGAACGAUGAGAACGUGCAGCAGGUGCUGGAGGAGCUUCGAGGGUACUGCACCGACGUGUCUGCUGACUUUGCACAGGCCGCCAUCUCUGCCAUAGGGGGCAUCGCCAGGACCUACACAGAUCAGUGUGUGCAGAUACUAACAGAGCUGCUGGGGCUUCGACAAGAGCACAUUACCACAGUGGUGGUGCAGACCUUCCGAGACCUGGUGUGGCUGUGUCCUCAGUGUACGGACGCCGUGUGUCAGGCCCUGCCCGGCUGCGAGGAUACCAUUCAGGACAGCGAGGGGAAGCAAGCGCUCAUUUGGCUACUUGGUGUCCACGGAGAGAGAAUCCCCAAUGCUCCUUACGUGUUGGAAGACUUCGUAGAGAACGUGAAGUCGGAGAUGUUUCCAGCUGUUAAGAUGGAGCUGCUCACGGCGCUGCUGCGCCUUUUCCUCUCGCGGCCUGCUGAGUGCCAGGACAUGCUGGGGCGUUUGUUGUCUUACUGCAUAGAGGAAGAAAAGGAUAUGGCAGUACGGGACCGAGGUCUCUUCUAUUACCGCCUCCUCUUAGCGGGCAUUGAUGAAGUUAAGCGGAUCCUGUGUAGCCCUAAGUCCGACCCUUCUCUUGGACUUCUGGAGGAUCAGGCAGAAAGACCUGUGAAUAGCUGGGCCUCUGACUUCAACACGCUAGUGCCAGUGUAUGGCAAAGCCCGCUGGGCCACCAUCUCUAAAUGCCAGGGGGCAGAGCGCCGUGGCCCCGGGCUCCCCAACCCUGCAUCCUUUGCUGCAUCAGGGCCCCUGAUCCCUGAAGAGGACAAGGAGGAGGCACAAGAACUCCCCGAUUCCGGAGCCCUCGUGCUCGUCCCCAACCACCACCUCCCUGCUGAGAGUUUUGAGAGAACUUGGCUUGGCCUCGAGGUUGCUCAUCAGCAAGCGCUCCCUUGGCAGGGAGCCAUCCGUCCUGACACACUCCAGAUGGCCCUGCAAGUCGUGAACAUCCAGACCAUCGCGGUGAGCAGGGCGGGGGCGCGGCCAUGGAAGGCCUACCUCAGCGCCCAGGACGACACCGGCUGUCUGUUCCUGACAGAGCUGCUGUGGGAACCCGAGACCUCGGCCAUGCAGAUCUCGGUGAAGCAAAGCGAGGCGAGAACUGAGGCUCUGGGCAGUUUUACCUCCGUGUUAGAAACUGUGCUGGGAGCCAUUGGAGACAUAAAGUCAUAGUCGCCGCGGCACGCUGCCUGUCUGGAGUGAGGUGAAUAGCUGUCAGAGUUUCUUAGUUUUUCUUAUUGGACCUGCUUGUAAGUCCAGAUAAUAUCACAUGCAAAGGAGGCUGGGAAAUCUGGGAAUCAGGAUUCUGAGGUUUUUGUCCAAAGACCAUGGACUUAACUCCUCUCAGACCUACUGGCGAAUGACUCCGUUUUCCCAGGUGAUGCGAACGUUGAUGGCGGUAAGGGGACGGGAGUGGGGAACGGGAUGCAGGAUAGGGUGUGCUUUCCUUUCUAAUCACUUGAAGGGUGUUUUACUAAUUAAAGGCGCUCAAUGUGU